GUUUGCCCAGUACAUUGGUUUUCCGACUGAAGUGUGUGUACUCACAGGGUGUAUAAAAACGCUUGAGGAGGUUCCUGAGCGCGCACGGUUUAAAGGAAAGCAGUGCCCAGCGCCUCUCCUCCCAUACGCUCCCUUUUGUAUAAUUGAGCUGCCUGAGAGUCUCCUGCUCCUGAGGCCUGCUGCUGGGAUGAAUCUCUUUUCCCUCAUUCCCUCUGACAGUCACCCCACUUCAACUUCACUGAAUAAAGGAAUACCCCCACCACAGUCAGAAUCUUAGGCUUUUUGGCCAGAGGAAUAAAGUCGUCUGGGGUAAAAAUGGGACACUCAGCCGUGCUGUGGGCAUUGGGCUAAGGUCCUGACUCCCCAGGAGCAAAAGAAUCAGUAGAAGGAGGAAGAAGUUACAGGAUUUGGUAUCAGCAUUACUGGGGACAUGCUUGAUUGAAGACAGAACAGAAUUUAGAGCAGAUCCAGAAGACACAGCGACAGAGCCUCCUUGCUGCCAGCUGUUUUCAGAAAACAGAAGAAAAUGAUCCAGGCCCAGGAAACCCUGACAUUUGAGGAUGUGGCAGUGGACUUCACGUGGGAGGAGUGGCAGCUCCUGGCCCCUCCUCAGAAGGACCUGUAUCGGGAUGUGAUGCUGGAGAACUAUAGCAACCUGCUGUCCGUGGGUUUUCAAGCCAGCAAACCAAAUGUACUGUCCAAGGUGGGUCAAGGAGAACCAUGGACGAUGGAAGAUGAAAUCCACUGUCAAACCCGUUCAGAAAUCUGGAAAGUUGAUGAUCACCUGCUGGAGCACUUACAAAAUGAGAGCAUGGAGAAGAGACUAGAACAAUGGCAUGAACAGAACCCACUGGAAUAUUUUGUUCAUCAGAGCAGAACUCAUUUUCUGUUCAGGCAAAAUCAUGAUGUGUUUGACUUACAUGGAAAAAGUAUGAAAUCAGAUUUAACUUUACUUCCCCAGAGCAGGAGCUAUGAAAUAAAGAUCCCUGCUGAGUUUACUGGCGAUGGGAAAUCCUAUCUCCAUGCUGACGAUGAACAAUUUCAUACUGAAAUUAAAUCUCCCGAAAGCCAAAAACCCAUCAGCUCUAAGACCCAAUUCAGCAAGCAUCAGAAAACCCAAAAAAUAGAGAAGCCUCAUGUAUGUGGUGAAUGUGGGAAAGCUUUCAUCAAAAAGUCUUGGCUCACUGAUCACCAGAUAAUUCAUACAGGAGAGAAGCCCCAUCGAUGUAACAUGUGUGGGAAAGCAUUCUCUAGAAAGUUCAUGCUCACUGAACAUCAGAGAACACAUACAGGAGAGAAACCUUAUGAAUGCACUGAAUGUGGCAAAGCCUUCCUCAAGAAAUCACGGCUCAAUAUACAUCAGAAAACCCAUACCGGAGAGAAACCGUAUAUAUGCAGUGACUGUGGGAAAGGCUUCAUCCAGAAGGGAAAUCUCAUUGUACAUCAGCGAAUUCACACAGGCGAGAAACCUUACAUAUGCAAUGAAUGUGGAAAAGGCUUCAUCCAGAAGACUUGCCUCAUUGCACAUCAGAGAUUUCACACAGGAAAGACUCCUUUUGUGUGCAAUGAAUGUGGAAAAUCCUGUUCCCAGAAGUCGGGUCUCAUUAAACAUCAAAGAAUUCACACAGGAGAGAAACCCUUUGAAUGCAGUGAAUGUGGGAAAGCCUUCACUACAAAGCAAAAGCUCAUUGUUCAUCAAAGAACUCAUACAGGAGAGAGACCCUAUAUCUGCAAUGAGUGUGGGAAAGCUUUUGCCUACAUGUCUUGCCUUGUUAAACAUAAGAUAAUACACACAAGAGAGAAACGUGGAGAUUCAGCCAAGGUGGAAAAUCAUCCCUCAGAGAGUCACAGCUCCUCACAGACUAGUGAUGUUAUGCAGGAGAAAACCCCUGUAAAUUCAGUGACUAUGCAGGUGCCUUCAGUGGCCCCUCAGACAUCAGUAAACAUAAGUGAACUCCUAGCAAAUAGGAAUGUAGUCAUAGUGGGACAACCUGUGGCCAGAUGUGCACCCACAGGAGAUAACAGAGGUUUUGCACAGGAGAGAACCCUUAUGAAUGCAUUGAAUGUAGUUGUGCCUUCAGUGGUCAAUUACAUCUUAUUUUAUGUCACAGAAAACCAGUAGAAAAAAAACUCAGAGACAUACUAUGUGAAAAAGAUAUAAAUUAUUGAGCAAAAAAUUUUAGCUUAUAUGGUGGCUGAAAAAGUAUAUACUGAGAGAAAUUGUAUAAAUGCUGAGACUGGGAACGCAUGAUGUACUCAUCCAAUUAGAUACAUGCAUUGAUACAGAGACAUAAUCUGAUGUUAACCCAAACACAUACACAUCAAUUGCUCUGUUGUGUCAGUCGAAUGAAUGAAAGAAGGCUGAGUUCAACUAAGUGAAGAAAAUAGUUGAAGUUUUUAAACAUAUAAUUUGUAUGUGGAAGGUUGCUAUGAAAAAAAAAAACACAACAGGGCUAAUAUUGGAUUGGUGGGAUACUGGGCGUGUAUAUAUCAAUUCAGUUUCUGGAAGGCCAAGGUGAAGCAUUAAUUGAAAACUGGGAUGUCUAUCUUAAACUCUGAGAAAUUUACAUUGUGGAAAUAGAUUGAGCCAGUUUGA